AUGCCGUCGACGAAGGUUUAUUUGCUUCUCUGUUUUCUCUGCACUACACCUUUCAAAGUGUUGGAAGGUCAAGUGAUUUCCGACGAAAACCCAACAGACUACCCCUACCUGGUUAAGCUGCUGUUGACUCGUUCAGCGCCUUGGAUCACCAUUCCUGGACUGGUGGUCAGCAGCCAGAUCGUUUUAACUUCAUCUCUCGCAUCCUACGCAAUGUACACUGACGUCACGGUCGUGGAUCAGCUGGGCGUGGCUCGGCCGGCAGCCAAGAGUGUAAACAUCGUUUUGGACGCGUUCACGUACUACAAAGUGUGCCGAAAGUUCCAAGGCGUCGAGAAUUAUUACUCCUUGAACGAGUCUAGCUUCAACGACCUUUCGGCCUCCGUUCCUGACGCCCAGCUGGUUUUUUACAACACCUCCUCGCCCAUUCCGAGGAACGUCACCGUCUCUGUGAUGAGCGAAGAUGAAUGCUUGGCCACGUUUAGCACUGCUCCAGUCGACGUUUCGGAGGUUAUUUGCAUGACCGGCCAAACCGCACCUGGAUUCUGCGCGCCUUUUGUGGACGAUGCUGGAAGUUACGUGCUUUAUCCGGUGAUUGCGAUUGGAGGACAAGUGCACGGAUUCACUUCUCUUGUGGGUUGCAGCGGCUCUUUCCUCACGGGCGAGCGCUGGGUGUUCACGAGAAUCGCUCAUUUUCGCGAAAACUUGACCAUGGCCCUUUCUCAAGUGGUCAACUACUAAGAUUUAUCCGGAAAUAAAUUUUUAAAUAAUUUCCUGGGCA